AGAUCCCGGCAGAUGUUUUUGGAAGAUUGGCAUCGUGCACGUCAAGCAUCCGAAAAGACAAAGUCGAGUAAAACUGCCACAAGUCUUUCCAUUUUGAUAACCUUCAACCGAUAACCAGCCAUGCAUCUUUUUCUUCAGGUUCUGGAAGCCAGCAGCCGAGCAUGUAGAUCCUAGAAUUAGUCCAGAUCGCUUCACUGACUCGGUGUUGUCCACUUAUAGUAUUACAAGUUGAUAAACUGCCCACCCGUUCAGGUCGGAGGUGGCACAGCCUCACUCAGUUCAUCAGUACCAGCAUUUUCUGAGCCGUCAUCUUCUUCCUGCCCUUUCAGAGGGAAACAAAAGCUAACCCAAUGGCGAGGGCUCCGGUGUUUCUCGCCCUCUUGUGCCUUGUGGCCUCUUUGUUGGCCAGCGGCGCCGAUGCGAGGAAGAUGGUUGGUGUCUACGUUCUGAAAAAAGGAGAUUUCUCCGUCAAGAUGACCAACUGGGGCGCCACUAUCAUGUCGAUCGUCCUCCCUGAUUCCAAAGGGAACUUGGCCGAUGUUGUCCUGGGUAAAGACACCCUCGCCGAGUAUGUGAACGAUACCUCUUACUUCGGGCCGCUCACCGGGCGCGUGGCGCAACGAUUGGCCAGGGGUCGAUUCGUCCUGGACGGCAAAGUAUACCACACCUACAUCAACGACGGCAGGAACUCGAUCCAUGGUGGUCACAGGGGAUUCAGCAAAGUCAUAUGGACAGUGAAGGAGUAUGUUGCCGGCGGCAACUCCCCGUACAUCACGCUAUACUACCGCAGCUUCGAUGGAGAGCAAGGAUUUCCUGGAGAUUUGGACGUGUACGCGACGUACCAGCUGUCGAGCCCGUACGCCCUGAGCAUUCGCACGAACGCGACGGCGCUUAACAAAGCCACGCCGGUGAACUUCCUGCAGCACGUGUACCUGAACCUGGGCGGGCAGGGCAGCGGCGACGUGCUGGGCCACACGCUCCAGCUCUUCGCAUCGCGGUACACCCCCAUGGACGAGGAGCUCCUCCCGUCGUCCGGCCGCGUCGACCCGGUCGCCGGUACCAACUACGACUUCCGGACGCCGACGCCCAUCGGCGCGCGCAUCCGGCAGGUUAGCGGCGGCAAGCCGGGCGUCCACGGGUACGACAUCAACUACGUGAUCGACGGGGCCGGCAUGCGGAAGGUGGCGGCGGUGCGGGAUGGCGCGUCCGGCCGUGGGUUGGAGCUUUCGGCCAACCAGCCAGCGAUGCAGUUCUACACCGCCAACGGACUGAACGACACCAAGGGGAAGGGCGGCAAGGUGUACAGGCAGUACAGCGGAUUUUGUCUGGAGACGCAGGCGUACCCCGACGCCGUGAAUCACCCUGAAUUCCCGUCGAUCACGGUGAGGCCCGGCCAGGUGUACAAGCACGAUAUGGUCUACAAGUUCUCCUUCUAGCUUUGAACGGUCGGCGACGUCCGGAUUUGUCGAUCAAACACUGUCCAGAUAGCCCAACGCAGUGACAAGAUUUGUACUCAAGGUUCUAGUCAACUGAUCAGCAUAAAACAACCCAAGAAUUAUGUCGAGCAAAGUCUGGCCAAAUAGCCGAUACUGCUGACAAGAAAAUGAUGCUACCCCACGUAGCCGAUACUA